AUGAGAUUUAUUAUUUCAUUGAUUAUGGUUGCCUUGUUGGCUUCCUGCGCCUUCGCCGACUUCUCCGGAUGUGGUAACGCUGCCCGCAAGUGCAUCAAGAUUGGAGAGUCCUGUGACCCAACCAGCAAUCUCAAUGUCUGCCAGGCUGGUUCAGUCUGCCCAACUCCACCAGUCAAGAAUCCAAACUGUACCGCUUUGGUUGGAACUGGAGGCUAUUGUGAUGGAAACGCUUUCACCUGCCAGCCAGGUCUUACCUGCUACGAUGGCGACGUGCCAACCUGCCAGUGGACCAAGUACGCCACCUACGGCGAGUCAUGUGACUCCAAGGUUGAUUGCUCAUCCUCCAACAUGAUCUGUCUCGAUGGCAAGUGUGUCAUCCAGGCCAACAAGAACUGUGUUAACGACGACGACUGCCCAUACGGAGCAUGGUGCGCCACCAACUCUACUGCUUCCCCAAUCUACAACUUCUGCCAGCAGACUCUCGCACUCGGAGGUAACUGCACUGAUUCUGCCAACACCCAAUGUGGAGUUGGUCUGAUCUGCUCGGCCAACGACAACGACCGCAUCCAGAGGUCCUGCAUUGCCGUCAACUCUAAGGGAUCCGGUGCCCCAUGUAGCCCAGGCGCAACCUCCCCAUCCCUCGAUGGUGCCUUCCCAUACAUUGAGUGUGAUGUCUCCCAAGGAUUGGUCUGCCUCGGAAGCGGCCCAAUCACCAACUACACCUGCCAGCUGCCACCAGCAGUCACUGGUGUCACCAUCGACUGUGGCAACCGCUCCACCGGUUACUGCCCAGUCCUCCAGACUUGCAACUGCCCAACCUACGACUCCUCGAUUGGAACCUGUGGCCCAACCUACAACCUCGGCUCCGAGUGCAGCAAGAGCAUCAACGACCUCGUCUCUUGCGCCCAGAGAAACAAGUGCCAGUUCAACAGCGGCCGAACCUCCUCCAAGUACAGCUGCAUGUACCGCAACUGUGCCAGCAUCAUGUGCAACAAUAAGUGUGGUCAGACUUCUUUGGCUGACGUCAACACCUGCAAGACCAGCGAGCCACUCUACGGUGCCUGUCGCUCUGCCUCCUCCUUCGUCCGUCCAUCGAUUGUCAUCGCCGCCAUCGUUGCCGUCGUUGCCAUGCUCUUC